UUCUUCAACUAUGAGAAAAGUUUAGUGCUCUCCUCCUCCUCCUCCUCCUCCUCCUCCUCCUCCUCCUCCUCCUCUUUUCUUUCCUCCUCCUGCUGCUUCUGUCGUUCAGAGCUUCACGGAGCCGAAGGGAAACAGUCAUCACAGCCCUGAACAGGGGGAACGUCGCUGAGAGGACGGAGGAGCAUCCACCAGCCGACGCCAUCACCUGAUCUUCAUCUUUACUUCCAUCCCUCGUUUUCCUGCUGCGACCCCAGCGAUGCUUCCCUUCGCCCCCACCCUCCUCUUCCUCCUCCUGGCUGCUCUGGCCCCCCCGACCCUGUCCACCUCCCAGGAGCUCCAGGUCGGAGGUCACAGGACGCCGAGGGAAGCCAAGCAGGACACCAUCAAGGUGCUGAUCUCCGGGGGCUGCGCCUCUCACGGGGACUCGACCGACGUCGGCCCCGGAGGUAAAGAGUUCGAACUGGCCCCUGGUUCUCCUCUGGUCCUGACCCAUCAGAUCAAACUGGUUCCGUCAGGUUCUGGAUCAGGAUCCGGGUCGUGUGGCUGCGAGUCGGACUUCGCUGCUCUGCGGGAGCGUCUGGAGCGUCUGGAGAGGGAGGUGUCGACGCUCCGAGACAAAUGUGGAGGAGCCGACGGAGGCUGCUGCACCUCCAAGGAGAGUAAAGGUGCUGGUUGUUCCAUCAAACCCAAAGAGGACGAGUGUCCUAACGAGUGCAGUGACCAGGGUCGCUGCGUGGACGGCCGCUGUGAGUGCUUCCCUGGAUUCAGCGGACCCGACUGCAGCGACUCCAACUGUCCUGGGAACUGCCACGACAACGGGAGGUGUGUGAACGGACAGUGUUUGUGCGACCCUGGAUUCAGCGGCCCGGACUGUUCAGGGAAAGCCUGUCCUGACGACUGCAGGGGUCACGGACGCUGCGUUAACGGUGAAUGUGUUUGUGACCGUGGAUUCGCCGGCGCAGACUGCUCUGAGAUUUCCUGCCCUGGAAACUGCACCAACAGGGGGCGCUGCAUUAACGGACAGUGUGUUUGCGAUGAUGGAUUCCGCGGCGCAGAUUGCUCUGAACAAACAUGUCCUAAUAACUGCAACGACCGUGGAAAGUGUGUCGACGGUAAAUGCGUUUGCGACAGCGACUUCACCGGAGACGACUGCUCUGACAACUCCUGCCCAGGAAACUGCAGCAGCAGGGGGCGCUGUGUCACCGGGCAGUGUGUUUGCGAUGAAGGAUUCACAGGUGCGGAGUGCGGUGAAAAAACCUGUCCUAACAACUGCAGCGACCGCGGCAGGUGUGUCAACGGAAAGUGCGUCUGCGGCGUCGGCUUCGCGGGACCAGACUGCUCCGCCAAAGGUUGUCCCGGGAACUGCAACAGCAAAGGGCGGUGCGUCAAAGGCAGGUGUGUGUGCAGGCGUGGCUUCAAAGGGCCGGACUGCAGCCGGUGUGAGGACGGACGGACCGGACCAAGCUGUGACACAGUGAUGUCAGGUGUUUCCCAGCUGAGAACUCAGGACGUCAUGGAGACGUCGGUCACUCUGCUCUGGAGUCGGCCUGCUGUGCAGUACGACUCCUACCUCCUCACCUUCAGCAGCCAGAAGGACAGCGACCAGCAGAUCCUCGCUCAGGUGGACGGAGGCCUCAGCAGCUUCACUCAGACAGGACUGGCGGCCGGUCAGGAGUACAACGCCUCCAUCACCGGGGAGGUCGGCGGCAGGAGAGGAGCCGAGAGUUCCACCGAGUUCAUGACCCUCAUCUCGGGUCCCACCAACCUCCAAGUCGUGAAGAGGACGUCCACGUCCGCGGUGGUCCAGUGGGACAAAUCGCAGGGUGAGAUCGACAGGUACCGUUUGAACAUCACCCCCAGCGACGGAGCCGGGAAGACUCAGGAAAUCACCGUACCUGUUGACCAAGACUCCGCCCACAUUGGGCAGCUGGAGGCGGGGCGUUCGUAUGACAUCAUCCUCGUGGCGGAGAAGGGCGCGAGUCAGAGCCAACCAGCGACCACGCAGGUGGUUCCCGGGAACCGUUUACCAAGGGUUACCACGGCAGCUUUGACCGCGCAGGUCAGACUAGCACCAAGACAAGAAGUUGGCGACUUGGACCAAGAAUUCCACCCAUCACCUGAGAAGCACGUCUCUGACCAACAGGGGAGAUCGGAGGAUGAACCAGAGGCUGACUCUGUAAAGGUUGGACCCAACAAAGACUCUCCAUCUUUGGUUGAGAGAAAUAAACCUCUGGUUAGCAGGACCAUGGCCAUAAAUGGCACCAGACCCAAACACGCUGGAAAGCUCACAUUGUCCAAGAAGCCAAAAGUUCCAGGCCCUUUCAGAUUCAACACAACCAGAGUUGUGCCUGGAGGCACAAAGGUCGGCCGUGGCCCCUGGAAAAAGCCCCUGAUGGGGGAGAAAAAGAAGGUAGUGCCCAAAAAAUCUAAACCAGAUGUCGCCAAAAUAGAAACCAGGACAAUAGAUAUGACUGUGACAGAAGCUCACAUUGAAGCAUCCAGCACUGAGAGGAGGGAUGACAAACAUCCUGCUAUAAUGUCUGGAACCGAUUCAGAAACACACAGACAAAGUAGCUCAGAGGGACCACAGAGGCAACCAGAUGUUAGCGUGACAAGCCAAGAAAACGACACUGCUCCAGUGUCUUCAGAGCGAACUGGGACCAUUCAUGGCCAAGAGAAGAAAUGCCUGAACAAAGUAAAAGUGACGCACACCAGAUUGCCCCAUGAGGACAGAGGCAGCGGGUGUAGAGGGGAUGGGACAGUGCUCGUAGGAAACCCGUUGGAUUCAGAUCGAUCCACUUCUGAUUUGAAACUCUCGUCUGCAGAGACAAACCUGGACUCUUCACCAGAUCCUCUACGAAAACUCCUGACGGACACUUUUGACAGUUUGAAUAUCACAACGUUUUCUGUUCACUUGUCCGAACCAUCAGACCUCUCUGAUGAUGAAGACGCAGUAAGGAGGAAGAUUGUAACAGGACUGAAGCCACUGUCAUCAUUUUCAUCCUCUUCAUCAUCCUUACCAAAGUCACAGUCAUCAUCAUCAUCAUCAUCAUCAUCAUCAUCAUCAUCAUCAUCCACACCAUCACCUUUACAAGUUUCAUCCUCAUCACCCUCAUCACCACCAUCCCUUACACCUUCAUCACCGUCACCAUCAAAGUCACCUCCAUCAUCAUCAUCGUCUUUCGGCUCAGACAAACCAGAUUCCUUUGGAAAUACAGAACAAAAUGCUGAUAAGACCAAAAACACGACUGACACAGCAUCUCCGGAAGAAAGAAAACAAUCACCCUCAGGAAAAGCGGGCGCACCACUUCCCCGCCGCACACCUCCAACACGAGGUUUCAUUCGUCGUCCACGCCCAGUUUUGGGUUUGUUUCAGAACAGGACACAUCUGAAUUUGAGAGGUCCUCACCGUCCCCCUCCUCAUGGAAACAUUAUCCCAAGAGGAGAGUCAGGGACGAGGGAUAAAUCCACGAAUGACUCAUUGCCUUCAUCUGCUUUGGAGGAAUCAUCCCCAGUGAAGAUGAACACAUUAGUCAGGGAUGCGAGUGGAGACAAGGAUGGGCCAGCUGCACCUGCAUCCUCUGGACACAACCAGAGAGUUAUGCUGACAGAAAGAGGACGAAUCCCAGUUCGCCCUCAGACUCCAAAAGGUGGAUAUGUGCGUCGCCCCUUUCCAAACAUGGCAUUUCUUCAGAACAAAACUCGACCUAAUUUAAGGCUUAUGACUCGCCCCAUUCGACCUUUAAGUCCUGAAACAAAAACACAGAGGGUGGAGGUGUCGCCUGCUGAAUUUCCAACUACUUCAUCUCCUCCUGAUGUCAAAGCUGAAAGUCCACAGCCAAUAGGAGAGGAUAGUGAAGAUAGAGCUGUGGUGAGAACCUCCUCAACAAGAAUCUCCAGUGAGCAGUUAAAUCAGACUCUCAGAGGUCGAGGAGAACCUUUCUCCCAUCGCCCAACCAAAGUUCAAUAUUUCCGUCGCUCCCAAAUGUAUGCUGGACCUCUCGAGAACAAAACACGUCCACACUUGAGACGACCUCAAUAUCCACGUAGAGGUCUCAUGCACAAACCUCUCCCUGUCAGAAAGCUGAAUGGAGACACUGUUGGACGUCAAACUAGCCAACAAGAAAAGGGGAGUCCAUCUGAAUUCCCUGAAAUCCCAUACAACCAGUUAGGAGAGCAGGAUGUCCCCAGGCCUACCCAACGAGUAGAAGUUCGAAUAAGACAAACAGGAGAACAAGAAACUGCAGAUGUAAGCCCCCUGAUGGAUGGCCUCAAUACUGCUGUCAGUCCACAAAGUAACAAAUUAGAAAAUGGGGAAAGGGCUCCAAUCCAAACAACCGAAUCUGGGGAAGAAGAAACUGGCACUCUGGUUUAUAAGAAUGAUUCUGACCUCCAUAACCAGCGAGUCAAUACUACCAAAUAUCCUGCGUCUACAGUUCGAGGUAGACAAAAUAUCCAACAAACUUCCUCUGAUUCAAGAGAUUCAAGAACAGUCUCACUUCCAAAGCGACAACCGCCAUCAAGAGGUAUAACAGGACAUCGCACCCAGAUGAGAAGCUCCGUCAGGGAAGAAGAUCCUAAAACUGUUAAAAGGGUGUUUGACACUAAAACUGGACAAACAAGAAACGCUGCUUCAAAACCUUUGGUGGGAUCAGAUGUUGCUUCAACCGGAGUCACAAGAGAACAUCUGGACUACGUAGGAGUGACGAACCGGACCUCAGAUGGUUUCACGCUCAUAUGGGACUCACCCGAAGGAAAGUACAAAAACUUUGUUGUUACCAGGAAACGAGAUGAAAAAGAUGAAACACCAAAUCCAAAGGGAAGUCAGAGAGAUCAACAAAGACGACAAGAAGACUCGGAGAGAGAGGACGAGAAGCAUCAACCGACUCGUGAACCAGGAGAGAGAAGCACUGAAGGUGAAAACCGAGUGUCAGAAAGUGACCUCGCACAUAUUCCAAUGAAGCAAAGCAACACAACAGUUAAACCAGCAACAGGAAGUGAGAAAUCCUUCAAAGAGGUUCUUCCUGGUUCAGCUCGCUCCGUCCACUUUGAGGAUCUGCCUCCUCAGACUGAGUACACCGUCACCUUGCUGGGAAAGGGUCCUGGUCUUCUGUCCAGACUGCACAAGCUCGUCAUCAGUACAGGCCCCGAGCCUCCGACCGACAUCGUCUUCAGCGAAGUGACAGAAAACUCUCUGACAGUUUCCUGGACCAAACCCAAGAAUCCCGUCAGUGGUUUCAAAGUCACCUACACCCACACUGAGGAAGGGGAGCCGGUGUCGGUGUCCCUGGAGUCGGAGGACUCCUCCGUCGGCCUAUCACAGCUCUCUCCUGGUUCAACCUAUGAGGUCAGCAUCCUGUCCAUCCUCGGCCUGGACGAGAGCGACCCAGUCAACGACUUCGUCUCGACACUCCCUGACCCGCCAACACACCUACGGGCCGUGAACGUCACCGACACCAAGGCCUUGCUACUGUGGCGUCCAGCGUUGGCCACCAUUGACAAGUACGCCAUCGUCUAUGGCUCGGGUUCAGGUUCAGAGCUGAGGAUCACGGUGUCUGGAAACGCAGCCGAGCAUCAGCUGAGCGGUUUGGAAGAAUCCACCACCUACACCGUCACCAUCACCAGUCAGCUGGGCCGAGACGAGAGCCCACCGGCUGCAACCAGCUUCACCACCAGCAGAGGGAGCGAAGGCGACGUGCCGCGAGAUCUCCAGGCCGACAACGUGACGCCUCGCACCGCCCUGUUGUCAUGGAAACCACCGGUGAACCCCGCUGCCAGCUACCGGCUGACCUAUCAGACGGAAGGUCAGGAGGUGAAGGAGGUGAAGGUGGAUUCUUCGGUGAGAGAGUUGAACCUCACCAGACUUUAUCCUGGAGCUAAAUACACGGUGCAGCUACAGGCGGAGGCAGGAGGACGAUUCACCUCCACCGUUUCCACUGAGUUCACCACCGGCGCCCUGAGGUUCCCCUUCCCCACCGACUGCUCUCAGGAGCUGCUGAACGGCAUCAGGGCGUCAGGCGAGCUGGAGAUCUUCCCUCAGGGGAACCAGGGAGCGUCGAUGAUGGUUUACUGCGACAUGGAGACGGACGGAGGAGGCUGGACGGUCUUCCAGCGGAGGAAGGACGGCUCGGUGGAUUUCUUCAAAGGCUGGAGGGACUACGUCAAAGGAUUUGGAGAUUUGAGUGGCGAGUUUUGGCUCGGCCUCGAGAGUCUCCACAAUCUGACAACAAUGAGCAGGAUGAGUCUGCGUGUGGACCUGCGAGAUGGAGACGACUCAGUGUUCGCCAAAUACUCCACGUUCGCGGUGGCCAGGAGGAACUACAAACUGACCGUGGGCGGAUACAGCGGUAACGCAGGUGACUCUCUCAGUUACCACAACAACCGCGUCUUCUCCACCAAAGACCGAGACCCGUCGCCGUUCAUCACCCGCUGUGCCAUGUCGUACCGAGGAGGCUGGUGGUACCAAAACUGCCACGAGGCGAAUCUCAACGGACUCUACGGCAUCGACGUCAAACACCAGGGUAUCAUCUGGACUUCCUGGAAAGGGAAAGACACGUCCAUUGCGUUCACUGAGAUGAAGAUGAGACCAGCGUCCUUCAGUCCUGCAGCCAGAGGGUGAAACAGAGAGACGCUUAAUGAACUGCUGAACACACACAGUGGGUCCAUACAUGUGCGAGCACACACGUGUGUGAACACACACCGUCGUGUUAACAGAGUCACACUCACGUCACACCAGAUGAAGACGUGUUUUAUUUAGCAGUAUUUUACUGUUGUUGUACAGUUUUUAUGUUUUUUACCUUUUACCUGUUAAAGCAGCCAAUCAGACGUCCUCCAUAUUUAAUUCAAACAAGCAAAUGGACAGAAGAGACGACGAGGACAGAAGAGGUCGAGGAGGUGGACCGAGAAGCGAGCACAUUCUCACUGUGGUCACGUGAGCUGUCGUUAGUGAAAACUGCUCAAAGUCAAAAUGUUUUUGUUCCUGUUUGUGAAGACAGAGUUGUGUUGAGGUUUUUGUUGUUAAGUUGUGUUUUUUUGCGUUAACAUGCUUGUGUACGACCACGAAGCCACCCCCUCACUUAACCACAGGUGAUGUCAUCACAUCAGACUGUAAAUAAAAAGUAAUGACAGCUCCCCAACUGGAUCGCCCCCUGUUGGCUGACUGCAGUAUAGAACAUCUGGUUCCUCGUACAUGAAGCUGAUGUUUGCAGCACUUUGUCUGUGCAUUAAGACUUUUCAUUAUGUUUGAUGUAAAUAAAUUAGAUACUCGAUGAUUAGUUCGUCUCUAAAAUGUUUAAUUUUCACAAUCUAAUAAAAAAAGCUUUUUUA